CAUCAGGGCACUGAUGAUCAGUGUGGCCCCAGAAGUGCCACCUGUCAGUGUCCAUCAGUGCCAGCUGUCAGUGCUGAACAGUGCCACAUGCCAGUGCCUGCCAGUGCACAUCAGUGCCACAUAUCAGUGCCCAUCUGAGCUGCCUUUCAGUGUCACCCAUCAGUGCCACCUAUCAGUGCCACCUAUCACCAGUGCCAGUGCCCUGAUGAUCAGUGUAGCCCCAGCAGUUCCACCUGUCAGUGUCCAUCAAUGCCAGCUGUCAGUGCUCAUCAGUGCCACCUGCCAGUGCCCAUAAGUGCCACAUCAAUGCCACAUAUCAGUGCCUACCAGUGCACAUCAAUGCCACAUAUCAGUGCCCACCUGAGCUGCCUUUCAGUGCCACCUAUCAGUGCCAGUCAGUGCUGCCUAUCAGUGCGCAUCAGUGCCGCCUAUCAGUGUCGUGCCCAUCAGUGCCACCUAUCAGUGCCCAUCAGAGCAGCCUAUCAGUGCCCAUCACUGCAGCCUCAUUAGCGUACAUUAGUGAAGGAAAAUCACUUAUUUACAAAAUUUUAUAA